GCAAUCCAUUGUAUUUGAUGAGCUCCUGCCUUCAUCCAAUUAUUCUUACAUGUCUGUACAUGUUUGAGUAACUUAGUUGUUUUUACAUAGCAUGAGUCUGGUUUUUCCCUAGCUCCUCCCUUGCUGCAAUUUCCAUGACUAUAAAAAUUUCCAGGCGGAUUUUUAAAGUAAUGUUUGUCUUUUAAAUAAAUUUAAACAUGCAUUACCAGUUCUCUAAUUUUCUAUUCCUUGAGCAGUAAACAAUAUUUUAUCUACACUUUCUCGUCUGUUUGUUGUUUGCUGUGAGUCACGUUUAGAAAUCUUAAAAAAAUGGGGAAAAAACACAAGGAUAAAAGUGAACAUAAGUAAACAUUUAGCACAGUGACAGUGAUUUUCCCAGCUAGGAUAUACUAGGGUUUAAAGAACAAUAGAUUGUUUUAUCUUGCAAGAAAAUUUUGAACAGCAAUGAAAAAGUGCAGAUAUGUGGUAGUCACCUUUUAUUUCUACCUCAAGCAAAUGCUAUGAUUCAUAUCAACAGGUGUUAACAUAAAUAUAUGAAACGCUAUUUGUACACUAACCCGGAAUUAGGAUACAAAGGGCGUUUCAAAUUCGUAGAAAAAACUGUACAAAAUAUUGACUAGAAAGUGAUAAAAGGGUCAUUAAUGUACCUGCAGCACCUGUUCUAGUCAUCACUUUUGAAUGGUUUUGAAUGUGAAUGCCUUACAUACCACAUCGAAAGCAGGUCAGUCUUUUCGAACAAAUCUAUGAGUCACCCCUCACACUGUGCUGCAAGCCAAGAUAUAUGAAUACACACAUAUGCUUUAAAAUGUAUACUUCAAAAAAAGGAGCUAUACUUUGGGUUCGAUGUCAACAGCUGUGGUACUAAACUGACUGGUUGUCACGUGUGGGACCAUUUCUGUGGAGAUCGGAUAUUCUACUCCUCCAACCAUCUUCACUUUAUUGUUCCUCGCGUUUGGAAUGAGGAGAAAGAACAGCAAAACCUAUGUCGGGCGUCGAGUCGACAAAACUAAACAUCUUCGAACUAUCGGAUUUCUCAAAGAUAAGAUCUGGACCAGUUUCUACACACAACAAAUUCCAAGCAUCUUUGACAAUUUAUGUCGUACCUGGUUUAAAGCCAUUAAGAGGACACAACAAGAUCUGGCUUAUCGUCUUCUCGAUCAUUUUUCAAAUUUGGAGUGGUUACAAAAAUUUAAAAUCUACCCCAGCUACCGCACCUUCCUCGCUCUUCAGUGGUGCCGCCUAUACAGUAGUUACUUUGGAACUAAAGCUGGAAAAAAACUAAAUAACAGCUUCAAGUCUAAGGAUGUACAGAAAGAAAGACCUGUGCCUAAUGCCGACUCUGGUGAGUUAAACAAAAUGCUGCUUACUGCGGUGCCGAAGCCUGCAGACAUUUUCGAGGCUGGAGCUUCAAAUUUUAAAGUGGAGAUGGCAGACCCGACGAUAGAGAUGGAGGACCCCGACGCUAGUGACUGUUCUCAAUUCACUCAACAGGAACUCCUGGUAGAAUUUGGGUACUACCCAAUGGAAACCGAGAGUCGAGAAAGUGCGGGCUUCGAAGUGGUAGUGCCCCGAGUGCCCCCCUUAGUCAACUGAGCCGAGGACCGCCCCGUCAGUGACUAUAUUGGUGGAUUUUGAAUAUUUCGAAAAUAAAUUUUUUUUAAUUUAA